AUGCUGGCAAGGGAUCCGGAUCAUUUGGUUGGCUUGGUGGCAGAGACCUUAUUGGGUUGUUCUGUACAACAAGCGCCCAGUCAAUUUGGUGACCAUUCCGAAAUAUCGUCCAAACGGUUCUCUUGUUUGGUAUUCUGUCCGACGAAGGUGCAUUGUGAGAACACAGCUCGAAUGCUAGCCGAACUGCUACCUCCUAUCGCUUGCUUCCCUGGUUCGUCGGAAAGCGACCCAAACGACUCGAACCCUGUGGAACAAAUGCGUGAAAGACGGGCAGAUGUUAUACAAAAUUUGCGCGUGGAUGCUGUUCCUGAUCCGAGUAGAGUGGACAAGAGUACGGGGGUUGUUCGCACUUGUUGUCCUAUCCUCGAACUAACCGUACCGCGUGGCGUAGCUUAUCAUCAUGGCGGUUUGACGCAAGAGGAGCGAACGGUAUUGGAGGAAGGUUUCGCUGAUGGAACCUUGAGUGUACUGUGUUGCACAUCUACUCUGGCUGCUGGGUAUCAGCAAAUUGUUGGUCGAGCAGGUCGAGCGGGUUUCGACAGUGUAGGCGAAAGUGUAACCAUUCUCCAACCCAAUGACCGUUCCAAUUUUGCCCAAAUGUUGACUACCAUCCCUCGUAUCGGCCUCUCCGAUUCCUCCGCAUCCGAGAUCGCUUCCGCCGGUUUAUGCUGUAGCAGUUUGCUGUACGAAAAUGGAAAGGGAAUGCGACAACUGCUGCUUUCCCUCAUUGGGCUACAGAUUGCCUCAACUCAUGAGGAGCUACUUCGCGCUGUUCGGACAACCCUGUUUGCUGUACAAGCUCGUUUUGCCGGUAGUGACCGGAUCGAAGAGGUCGUUAAUGCAGAACUACACGCACUGAUUAGCCGUGACUUGGUGCUUGCCACAUCUUGCGAGACACUUCGUACUUCUUCCCCUGCUCGGACAGUUCACGGUGACCUAAAGAAACUGCAGUUCCAGGCAACCAGACUCGGUCGAGCUGCUGUUCGUGGUGGUCUGGACACCGAUCAAAUUGGGCCCCUCCUAUCGGACUUGCGCUUAACUGCGCGUGCACUAAAUACCAGUGGGCCACUUCAUUUGCUCUAUCUGGUUGCCCCACCAGAUGUAGUCGAUCAGAUUCAGGUGGACUGGAGUGUCUUGUAUGAACGGAUCAGUCUUUUGCCCCCGACCGAAGCGAAUCUUAUCAGUCUACUUGGGUUUCCUGAAGGUUAUGUUCUAUGGAAAGCCGCUGGACAUCCUAUACGCAAAAAGUUAGACGAACGUCCGUUGCGUCGAUUGUUUGUCGCCCUGGCAUUAUCCGAUCUGUGGCAUUCGAGUUCCACACUUCCCAUCUGGCAAGUAGCCGAUCGAUACAAAUUGUCUCGGGGUACGCUUCAGUCCCUGCUUGCCUCAGCUGCUUCGCUUGCAAGCUGUUUGGCUCAUGCACUGGCCAGUGAGUACGCCUCAGACGAGGAGUUGUGGGCCUUCUCGCAUCUUCUGCCACAGUUUGCCACUCGUCUGGCUUACUGUGUCUCUAGCGAACUACUUCCCUUGAUGGAAUUGCCUGGGGUUAAACGGGUAAGUGACCAGGCGGUUGACAAAUUUCCCUUACUCUGCCGUUUGUUUACCCCAUUCAUAUAA